GGAGCCGCCGCUGGGGAGGAGCAGCCGCUGCCGCCCAGUACUGGGCCCUUAGGGAGGAGGAGGCGAGAAGAUGGCGGACGACCCCAGUGCAGCCGACAGGAACGUGGAGAUCUGGAAGAUCAAGAAGCUCAUUAAGAGCUUGGAGGCGGCCCGCGGCAAUGGCACAAGCAUGAUAUCAUUGAUCAUUCCUCCCAAAGACCAGAUUUCAAGAGUGGCAAAAAUGUUAGCAGAUGAGUUUGGAAGUGCAUCUAACAUUAAAUCACGUGUAAACCGCCUGUCAGUCUUGGGAGCCACUACAUCUGUACAGCAAAGACUCAAACGUUGUAACAAAGUACCUCCAAAUGGACUGGUUGUUUACUGUGGUACAAUUGUAACAGAAGAAGGAAAGGAAAAGAAAGUCAACAUUGACUUUGAACCUUUCAAACCAGUUAAUACGUCAUUGUAUUUGUGCGACAACAAAUUCCAUACAGAGGCUCUUACAGCACUACUUUCAGAUGAUAGCAAGUUUGGCUUCAUUGUAAUAGAUGGUAGUGGUGCACUUUUUGGCACACUCCAAGGAAAGACAAGAGAAGUCCUGCACAAAUUCACUGUGGAUCUCCCAAAGAAACAUGGUAGAGGAGGUCAAUCAGCCUUGCGUUUUGCCUGUUUAAGAAUGGAAAAGUGACAUAACUAUGUUCGGAAAGUAGCUGAGACUGCUGUACAGCUCUUUAUUUCAGGGGACAAAGUAAAUGUGGCUGGUCUCGUUUUAGCUGGAUCAGCUGACUUUAAAACUGAAGUAAGUCAAUCUGAUAUGUUUGAUCAGAGGUUGCAAUCAAAAGUUUUAAAAUUAGUUGAUAUAUCCUAUGGUGGUGAAAAUGGAUUCAACCAAGCUAUUGAGUUAUCUACUGAAGUCCUGUCCAACGUGAAAUUCAUUCAAGAGAAGAAAUUAAUAGGGCGGUACUUUGAUGAAAUCAGCCAGGACACGGGCAAGUACUGUUUUGGAGUUGAAGAUACACUAAAGGCUUUAGAAAUGGGAGCUGUAGAGAUCCUAAUAGUCUAUGAAAAUCUGCGUAUAAUGAGAUAUGUUCUUCAUUGCCAAGGCACGGAAGAGGAGAAAAUUCUCUACCUAACUCCAGAACAAGAGAAGGAUAAAUCUCAUUUCACAGACAAAGAGACAGGACAAGAACAUGAGCUGAUUGAGAGCAUGCCCCUGCUGGAUUGGUUUGCUAACAACUAUAAAAAAUUUGGAGCUAUGUUGGAAAUUGUCACAGAUAAGUCACAAGAAGGAUCCCAGUUUGUGAAAGGAUUUGGUGGAAUUGGAGGUAUCUUGCGGUACUGAGUAGAUUUCCAGGGAAUGGAAUACCAAGGAGGAGAUGAUGAAUUUUUUGACCUUGAUGACUACUAGGUAGUCGACGUGGGUCCGGCAAAACGUGCCUCACCCUCCAGCAUCCA